UUAGCCACUCCACCCAUCCACAAAAAUAGCGAGACCAAAAAGAUGGGGCUGCUCAACCUGUGCAUGAAGAAGAACCCGUUUUCGCGGGCCUUCCAUUUCUUCCUCAUGGUACCGUGUGCCGUGCUGACGGUAAUGGCCGCAAUUUCGCUCGGCUCGUUCGUCCCGCUGCACCUCGACAUUCGCGACUACGAGGGCUCGGGUGCCGCCACCUCCGAUCUGAACACCUGCAUUCUCUUCGCGACGGCAGAUAACGAGAACAAGAUGGUCGACUACCAGCCAGACAAUGCCUGCGACUUCACCAUCUGGGGUCAAGUCGCCGUGGGCUCGCUCGCAGUCGCAAUGGCUACAGUUUUAUUCGUAAAGGCCUUUCUCGGAAUAAAAGUUUUCUCAUGGUUUGUACUGAUUGAGCUCCUCCUGUCGAUUGCCGGCUUCAUCUUCACUAUGGCACUGGGUGUGGUCAUUACAGUCGGACUUGACGACACGUGCAGGGCCUUUGAGACCAUCAAUGAGCUGGACGAAGAUACAGUAUACAUGCCAUGUGAGGACUAUAGAUAUGCCGGAAACAGUGGCAUCAGCUUUUACUCUCCACUCAAUACUGUCAGGAUUGUGACCUGGAUUGAGGCAACAGUGCUGUUCCUGCUACUGCUCUGGUUUUCUCUUGUGUCCCUCCUCAAGUGCGCCACCUGCUGUGCCCGCAUGGGCAGUGGAAAAGCAAAGCCAACCAAACUGGAGAAUGAUACUGACACUAAGGCUUGA